CGCUGGCUCUGCCGCCCAGCCCGCCCCCCCCCCCGGGGUCGGGCGCCGGACGCCCCCGUCCGCCCAGGCGCCCAGGCCCCGCGGCGCCCGCCUGGCGGCAGGCCCGCGAUGGCGCGCCGCUGCCGCUUCCCGCUGGGGGUGCUCGUGCUGGUGCUGUGCGCCGCGCUGGUGCUGGUGGGCGUCGGCUGGCGACCGCACAGCGCGCCCCGGCAGCCCGGCGGCCACCGCGCGUUCGCGGUCUCCGAGGAGCUCGCGAAGACUGCCGUCCUCUCCCUGCUUGGGGCUGCUGCUGGCGCGGCGCUGCUCGUCUGCCUGCUGGAUGUGCUGGCCAGGCGGCUCUACGCGUCGAUGAAGCGGGACAACCGCUUCCAGCUGGACGAGUGGCUACAGGACACCGCGCCGAGCGGCAAGGUGUGCGCCAAGGCGGUGGUCAUGAACAGGUGGUUCGUCGGGGGCCACGUGCCGUCCUCGGUGCCGCUGCCGCUGGCCCAGAAGGAGUCCCCCUUCGUGCGGGGCCUGCGGGUCACCUCGCGCCUCGCGCAGGCCGCCGCGGACGCGGACGCCGCGGCGCCGCAGGCGCUGACGGCGUGGCCCGCCAACUCCGUGGUGGUGGGCACCAUCCGCAUGGGGUUCGGCCACCACCGCAUCGCCUACGCCGCCACCUCGUGGGGGCUGAAGAGGGGCGCCCCGACGUACUUCCACGACUUCCUGGCCAUCGACUCGCCCGAGGCCACGCUGAUCAAGGACCAGGACAAAAUGUACAGCAGGGCCUCGCGGGUCGCGUCCGAGUGGGGGGGCUGCGUGGAGAGGAUCUGGGGCUCCUUCACCAAGAGCCAGGGGGACGCCACGCUGCUCAGGGUAUCCUACCAGAUGGCCGAGCACCUGAAGCCGCUCUUGCUCGGCAUCCCGAAGGACACCCCCAUCAUCGCCUCGCACAGCUUCGUUGGCCUGGCCGCAGUCGCCUGCGGCUUCAAGAAAGUCAUCAACCUCGUGAUCGACAACCACCCCCAGUGGUUCUGCGUGGUGCCCGGCGCGCUCAACCUGGUCCAGGGGCCCUCCAACUACCACAACUUCCUGCGCAUGGGCGUCCCGCCGUCGGAGAUCAGGCCCGGGGCCGCCGAUGCCCCCCCCGCGGCCGCGCCCGCAGCCGCGCGCGCGGCCCCAAAGAUUGCUGCUUGCGGGACCGACGCCGCGGCGAACAAGCGGCUGUACGACGAGUGGGGCGACAGGUACGAGCGGGACGUGCGCGCGUGGGGCUACCGCAUGCCCGAGGUCUGCGCUGCCGCGCUGAAGCGGCACGCCCCGGACGGCGAGCGGGCCUCCUUCCGGGUGCUGGACGCCGGGGCCGGCGACGGCCUGUCGGGCAAGCCAUCGUAG